AUGCCCGCAAAACCAACAAUAACAAUAAUAGGCAGCGGAAUAAGCGGCCUAGUCCUAGCAGCCGGCCUCCUUCGCCGCGGCAUCCAAGUCAGAAUCUACGAAGCAGCCCUCUCCUUCAGCGAGAUAGGACUAGGUCUCUCCCUCGGCCCAGCCGCGCACCGCGCAAUGCCCCUAAUUGACCCCCAAAUCAGGGACAUAUACGACAGUCUCGUUACGACGCAUGCCGAUAGUCCGGGGUAUGAAUCGUUCCGCGAGACGUGGUUUGAGUUUAUUUGGGCGGGCGGUUGGAGGGAUGGGGGGUUGUUGAUGGAUCUCAAGGCUUUGCCUUCUGGACAGACGGCGGUGCGGAGGGCGGAUUUUUUGAAGGAGCUUUUGGCUUUGAUUCCUGAUGGUAUUGUUAGGUUUGGGAAGAGACUUGCUGAGUUAUCCGAGGGGGAAGAUGGGGACAGCAUUAGGCUGCUCUUUGAGGAUGGGAGCGUUGAGAUGGCUGAGGUUGUUGUUGGGUGUGAUGGGAUUAAAUCUAGGGUUAAGGAGGCUCUGUUGCCUGAUGAGUCGGUUCUUGCGCAGCCGAGGUAUAGUGGUAUGUAUGGGUAUCGGGCUGUUCUUGAUAUGGAGGAUAUGGUUGAGGCUGUUGGGGAUCACCGGGCUAGGGUUUCGACGCUUUAUAUUGGGGAGGGUGGGUAUGGAAUUUCGUAUCCUAUUAUGAGGGCUAAGAAGGUUAAUGUUGGGUUUUAUGUUUUGAGUGAGGAGUGGGAGGGGGAUAGCUGGGUUCGUCCGGCUAAGAGGGAGGAUAUGGAGAGGGAUGCUAAGGGGAUGGGGAAGUUUGUGCAGGCGCUUGUUGAGCGCAUGCCUGAUCCUUCUCGGUGGGCUAUUUUUGAACAUCCUCAUAUAUCUACCUAUACUCGGUCUCGCAUUGCUGUUCUUGGUGAUGCGGCGCAUGCUUCGACGCCGCAUCAAGGUGCUGGUGCUGGACAAGCCAUCGAAGAUGCGCAUGUUCUUGCUGAACUGCUGGCAGAUUCUCGAGUGGAUUCUGUGCAGGCAAUCAUGGCUGCUUUCAAGGCAUAUGACGAGAUUCGAAGACCUCGCAGCCAGAGAGUUGUUACUACUAGCAAGGAAAACGCCUAUCUGUUUUCGUUAUGUCUGGAUGGAAUUGGUGACGAUGCGGAUAAGUUACAGGAAAUUCUUCAGGAGCGAUCUCGGUGGCUUUGGGAUUUGGAUGUUGAGGGUCAAGUGGAGCGGGCGAGGGAUAGAAUGGGGGAAUAUUUGCCAUCUCAGUGA